UCAGAAUGGAAUACGAACAGCCUCACAUCUACUAGUAGUAGGCAACAUACCCCUGCUUAAACCACCACCGUCCCCCUCCCCUCCCAUACUUCAUAUACUUCAGAUACUAAGCCUCUCUUCCAAGCAUUACCUCCAACCCUGUCACCCAUCCCUCAUUCCACCACAUCCAUCUCAAGCCAAACCUACAAUGCCAACCACAGAGUCCGCCAUGUCCCACGCCCUCACGCAAUUCCGCCACCAAAUGUCCACCGCCAACCGCCACUUCCUCCUCGACCGCGUCCACGAGAUCCAAUCCCUCCACCUCCCGACCGAAGCCGCCAACCUCCACCACAUGCGACGGUACUGGCCCAGCCUCGGACGCGGCGGGCAGGAGACGUACUGGAACCGCACCGUCGCUCCGGAACCCGUGCGCGAAGACCGCGAAGUCCGCAGCGUCACCCGCCUGGCGGACGUGCCGGGGUUGUAUCACCAAUACAUGGACGGGGUGUGUCCGCCGCGGUUGCGGACGGAGGAGUGGCGCAGGAUGUAUUUGGCGGUCGUGGCGGAGGUGUGUGCUGAAGUGGUUGCGGAGGAUGGGCAGGAUGGGGAGGAUGGAAUUCCUCCGUGCGAGGAGUUGGGGUUGUUUCUGAAAUACGCCAAUGGGGUCCAGGAUCCGGAUUUCCGGCGAUCGGGAAUUGCGCCGUUUCUCCCCGGGUUCUUUGUCGGGGUGGCUGAAUAUGCGUUUCCGGAUGAGGCGGCGGGGCAGGGGGGAUCAGCGCGGAUGGAGAUUGAGGGCCAGCGGGGGCUGUUGAAGGGGUACUUGGAGGAGAGUCUGCUGGGGCGAGUCGGGCUGCAUGGGAUGAUCGAUGAGGAUUUGGAGGUCAAGGUGGGGUUCUUGACGGGGACGGGCGGUUGGGGACAUGAAGAUCGGUGGUAUAGUGCCUAUACGUAUUGUCGGCGGAGGGAGGAUGAUGCGGCAGAUACACAUCAGACAGACUUUGCGUGGCGAGUGCUUUUCUUUGAGGCCAGCGACGACGAUACCCCGGCCACUCUGAAUGGGAGACGACCGUUGUUUGAUUCCAUUCCGGAGUUUUUGGACUGGUAUGGUAGUUGGUUCGAUUAUAUUGAUAUGGACGAGGUGCGCAGGGAAAUUGAUGAGCUCAAUGCUUAGGCAGGCAGUGUGUCGGGUUGUACAGUACAGCCCGGGGCAAUGGGUUGUCCGCGGAGCAAUUGUGAAUGCUGCUAGUUCAGG